AUGAACUCUACAACCCCAUCGAUUCAAGAUCAAUAUAUUUUGGCCAGCAAAGUACGCUCCAAGCUGGCAAAAUGCGUUAGCGUGACUACUAAAAACAAAGACUACAACCUGAGAGUUUUAGUCGGGCACGCAAACUUGCUGGAUAAGAUUACAGAAAAUGUGGAAACUCAUAAUGCUGCAACCAACGCCCUUGCCGGAGACCCUUUCAGUAAAGGACCUGAAAACUUGUCCAUCGAACAUAUCGAAUUGUCCAAUGCUAAUGCUAGUAAAAAUGACGUCGGUAAGGAGGAAAAUGCAGAAAAGACGAUAGAAAGUGAAGAUUACUGUGAUUUUUACUCUAGUGACGAAGAUCCAGAUGCUGACACUCUAUCUUCUACUGACAGUGAAGACGAUGAUGAUUAUGAAGACUAUGAUUUUGAGUACGAUUACUCUGGCGGUGAUUAUAACAAGAAAAUUGACAUGUACUUUAGUUUUCACACCGCACCUAAUUAUCAAUAUUUGACUCACACAAACUCUCAUUCCGAGCAGACGGAUGAACUUGCCGAAUCAACGCCGCGCUACAAUGCUCUUCCCGCCACUGCCUCUACGACAGAGGAAGAACAGGACACUGAAACGCUCGAUGCUGUGAGUUUGCAUAGUUCAGCGCCAAUCUUCCGUGUGCUCUCUCGGCGGGUAAAUGGACAAGAAGAUGACAGCGAAAACGAGAGUAGUAGCGAUGUCGACGAUGGUUCCGUACCAUUAACGAGAUUUCAUUCUUGUCCUAUCACAGCAUAA